AUGGCGACCGGCUCUAAGAACGUUAUUACGCGGAAGAUCGCCUUAAUGGGAUAUCCUUGUGUUGGAAAGUCAUCAAUUACGCUACGAUUUGUCCAAGGACAUUUUCCCGAUGCAUAUGAUACAACUAUAGAAGAUCUCCACAACAAAUCUUAUCGUUGGCUUGGUCGGGAUUACAACCUGAAAAUUACAGACACUGCUGGACAACAGGAGUACUCAAUAUUCCCUCGGAGUUGUUCUGUUGAUAUUGACGGCUUUAUCCUAGUGUAUGCUAUAGACGAUAAAAAAUCGUUCGAAAUCAUUCAAAUUAUUCACGAUAAAAUUAUGGAGACUAUAGGAGACAAUAAGGUGCCAAUUGUUAUAGUGGGUAAUAAAUUGGAUUUGCAAAAUGUAUCUCGCAUGGUUACUCGAGAAGACGGUUCGAAACUAGCUCAAAAAUGGAGAGCUGCUUUCAUUGAGACAUCAGCUAAGGACAAUACUGUAAGCUAUUCGAACAUCUUUUGUUUACGCAGUCAAGUGUUUUUUUGUAAUUAA